AUGGCCCUUCCUUCACUGUGUCUCCUCUUCGUCCUCUCCGUGGCCUUCUCCUUCAUCCCAUUUUCACAUUCAUUGCCCUUUAUAGUACUCCACGGCAUCAAUAGUUCGUGCACUAUCCAUGAAACUCCAAAAAUCGUUGAGAAAUUGACCAACUUCUCUGGUGCUGAAGGACAUUGCCUAGAGGUAGGCAAUGGAGUUCAGGAUUCGUGGUUCUUGCCCAUGCACAAACAGGUCGAUAUGGUUUGCCAGAAGGUUAAGAAAAUGAACAUAUUGCGUGAGGGCUACAACAUUGUUGGGCUCUCCCAGGGUAAUAUGAUUGCUCGUGGUCUUAUAGAAUUUUGUGAUGGAGGUCCUAAGGUUAGGAAUUAUAUAUCUUUGGCAGGCCCUCAUGCCGGUGUUGCCUCUGUUCCUGAAUGUGGCUCAAGUUCCUGGUGCAUUCGUGUAGCCCAUCUAAUCAAAUUAGCGGUUUACCGUGACUUUGUUCAAGAACACUUGGCUCCUAGUAAUUAUGUUAAAAUACCAGAUGCAAUCCAUGAUUACUUGGAGAAAUGUAGUUUUCUUCCCAUGCUUAACAAUGAACAACCGGAUACCAAAAAUUCCACGUACAAGAAAAGAUUGAGUAGCUUGGAGAACUUGGUGCUUAUCAUGUUCGAGAAUGAAACAGUAUUAAUACCGAAGGAAACUUCCUGGUUUGGAUAUUAUCCCGAUGGUUCCUUCAAGUCCGUUUUAUCCCCCAAUCAGACGAAACUGUAUAUUGAGGAUUGGAUCGGGUUAAAGAGCAUGGAUGAAGGUGGCAAGGUUAAAUUCAUUAGUGUUGGGGGAGAUCAUCUGCAAAUAUCAGACAAAGAUAUGCAGAAGUAUGUAGUGCCUUACUUGAAGAGGGGUGCCUCAACCAAAUCUGGAAACGUCAAGACCUUUGUCUCCAAGAAGUUGGGAUCCUAACUUGGAGCAAUUUGGUCAAGAAGAAAGAGUCUUCAGAGCAUGCUUGAUUAUUAUCACAAGGUCAACUAUGUUAUUAAGAUACUACCAGCUAAAGGUCUGGAUUGUUAUGUAACAGCAAGAUUUAGUUCUGUGGUUAAGGGAUUUUAGAAACUCUCAAGAGCAUUAAAAAAAAAAAAAUUUCAAGCAAGUUGAAACAAAACUUUUCCCUUAUAUCAGAUUUCAUAAAAUCACUUUUAAAAAGUCAACACAAAUAUCCACUAGAUAGUCAACUGGGCAGCUGUACUGUAUAGGUACAUGUAAGCACAACACUGUAUAUUGUACCUGGCUCAUUUACAUUCAAUAAAAUCCAGAUCCAUAUUUUCUAUCCA